AUGCCUUGUCUGGAGGAUGAGAUGUGUCGAGGGAGCGCUUCUAGAGGUGGUUUUGCGAAAGAGUCGACGGUCGAGCAGGAGAAGAAGCGAGGAAGAAGAGGAAGAAGCGAGGUUGAAGUCAAGAUCGUGCAAGAAGGACUACCAUCUCGAAAACACGAAAAAGACGCGAAAGAUGAAGAAGACAUGGUCGAUGAUCCAAGGGAUAGGGACGAGAUGAACUUGGACAGACGGCCAGGUAGUGAAGAUGUUUGUUGCUUGCUUCAUCCUUGUUUGUUGGAGUCUGACUCUGGGGUUUGCUGGAUGCCAGCAAACUCGAAGGGACAUGACUAUAUAAGGGCGGCUCUCUACCCCUUUUUUCUCGGGGAUAACUACAAGAAGCAAGGCUACAUGGUUUGA